AUGUCGCCAGCCCUCGACGCGCCCGCCAGUAAGCCGAGGCCGAGGAACAGGCUUCGAAAGCUAACCAAGCUCCGCCAUGGCCCGGCAGCUUCUACCACCACCAACAACAAUGUCUCGCCGCGGGCCUCGUCCGAUUCGGGUAGGGCACCUGGGCAGAUCCGGAGCCCACAGUCGCCCAGGCGCGGGUCCAUGCCGCCGUCCCCCGAUCUGAGCAGCCAGAAGUGGCUCGAGUACAUACGGAAGAGCGGCUACCUGUGCCCCAUGGAGUCGUCGCCUCACCUGCAACACACGAGGUCCCGCUCGCUUACGCACCACGCCAACAGCAACAUCGUGCCCGAGCUCGCCCACCUGGCCAUCGACAUCCCCGCCAAGAGCCCCCGCCGGUCCCUCGAGACGCAGCGGACCACAGCGUCACCAAAGUCCGCGUCAUCGAGCCUGAGGCGGUACGCAAAGACACCGGUGCUACGGGUUGGGCAGCUGGAGGCCAACGUGGCCACGGCUCCGGGUGCCGAGUCCAUCGCGGAACAGUACCGCGCCCUGCUCAAGUCCCGCAGUCACGAUGACCUGCGGUGUGGCAGUGCGGGAGACGGGGCCGACGUCAACGACGCGGACACGAGGCAGACCAGCAUAGAGGCUAUCCGUGGGGCCACGCGCCGGCGGUCACCGCUGUUGCCGGCGCCCUCGCCGUCAUCGACGCUGGGGACUGGCGAGCCGGAACGGGAACCGGAAGCGCAGCCGGAGCCGGACACGGGGCCGGAGCCGAGGGGGUCGCCAACUUCGGACGGCACUCUUGUGGCGUUCGAGGAGGACACCAUUUUUUUCAAGCCCGUGUCGUUCUGGCCGGAGCCGCUAUCACCGAUUCGUGAGGGCGGCGGCCAGGAUGGCGACCAAGACAGCGACAAUAGCAGAAACGUCGGGCUGGGGCGGUCAGAACGGCCUCUGCCGCAGCCGGGGGUGCUCAGCCUGCAGAUCGCCACGAACCUGCUCUCCAGGGAGCUGUCGUGCGCGGUGAGCAACGAGGCGCUGAGGGCGCCGACGGACGUGCGGCAGCUACAGACGUGGGUGAUGAUCGAGGCGUACGAGGCCCUCCGCGACCAGGUGCUACAGAUGGGGCUGCCAGCUGGCGAGACCGAGGCGCUGGGGGGCGCCUUCGAUAUGUGGUUGAGGGCUCUGUACCAGGUCCACGACGGCCUCGCCAGGGAGACCAGCGGGCCUAGCGACAGCGAUGUCGAGGCCAUGCAGGCCGAGGACCUGGACUGA